UCAGGGCUCCGGGUGGUCAACGAGAGGCGGGGCACGGUAGUUCCGUCCGCUUCAGCCGCAGCAUCCCCCGCUGGGUUCCUGGUCGCAGCCUCCGGAGGGGAGACGGGCCCCUACUGCCUCUGUCAGAAAAAUGUCUGCUCCAGCUCAGCCACCCACCGAAGGGACAGAAGGGACUGCCCCAGGUGGGGGUCCCCCCGGCCCUCCUCCUAACACGACCAGUAACAGACGACUACAGCAAACCCAGGCACAAGUGGAGGAGGUGGUGGACAUUAUGCGUGUGAAUGUGGACAAGGUCCUAGAGAGGGACCAGAAGCUGUCAGAGCUGGAUGACCGAGCUGAUGCCUUGCAGGCGGGAGCAUCACAAUUUGAGAGCAGUGCUGCCAAGCUAAAGAGGAAGUAUUGGUGGAAAAACUGCAAGAUGAUGAUCAUGCUGGGAGCUAUCUGUGCCAUCAUCGUGGUAGUUAUUGUAAUCUACUUUUUUACUUGAGAAUGUGCCACCCCUUCCCUGUUCUCUGUUGCCAUCCAAACUCAUGUCCUUCUCCUUCUGUUUGCUCUUUCAACAAACUUUCACAUCUGCCUUCCUCCAUCCCCGCCCAGGCUUCUCCAUCAUUCAUUCCUCCUUUUUUGUUGUGUUCAUUUGCACUAUCUCCCUCAACACUAGAAAUGCUGCUUGUGGCACAGUCUUGAUGUCACUAACUGAAGAGCGAUGGCUGGUGCCUCCUCCCUACCCACCUCCUUAUGUACUGUCAAGUUCCCCCCAAAAGAGUUGGAGGCCAGGGGAAGGGGCAGGGAGGUGGAUGAGGGGAAGUACCCAAGAAGCUGCCAAGAUUGGGGGAGAAGAAGGUGCCCAUGGCAGGAGGUAUCUGAACAGUCGGGAAAGUGGUGGCUCACUCAGCACUGUUCACAUGGAACUCAUCUCCUAUUCCAGGCCCAAAGAGGGUCCUGAGGGUCGGCCCAAAGUCCAACAUGGUCCUGGUGCAAUACUCUUUUGGAAAGUAAAACCUGUUUUUUGAAAUUAUCUCUAAUCUGUUAGUCCAAGAUUUUCUGUCUUUGUGGAUCUUAUAGCCUUUUAUAGCCUUUUACUUUGUUCUCGAUAAGUCUGGAGAACAAACACUUAUUGAUUGUGAAAAUAACUGGGACUCUCUUUUCCUUCCUAGAAAUAGUCCCAUAUGCUUCUAACUGGAAGGAGCUGUCUCUUCUUCACAUUUUCUGCAGCAUUCUGUAUUUUUCAUGAGGAUACCAAACAAUUUCAUUUAGCCAAAGUCUGGAAUUCUCAGUUGAUUAUAAUUGUUGGCAUAGAUAAAGAGAAAAUGCCUGUUAGUCAUAGAGAAACAGUGAGUCAAGGGCCUAACUUGAAAAUAACACACUCAGAGGAAGCCACUUGUCCUCUCAUUAAGGAGGGUCCCAUUCCUCCCUUCCUGUUCAUAAAGGAAUGUGAGGGUGUUAGAAGUGAGGAUUUUUGGACUCCCAUGGAAUCCUUUACUCCAAGCCCUCCUCAUCUCCCCCCCGCCCUUGUGUACUUGCCAAAAACAGGGGAUGAGGCAAGAGGUCCUUUCCAAGGCCUGGCUGAUCCUGUGGAGUUAGAGAAGUCCAGUAGAUCCACCAGCUCAGUCUUGGGGUGGAAGGGGUGCCAGUCUGUGACAGGUGUGCUUGUGUAUUGCUCUACUGUCAUGGGGCCUUCGCAUCUAGAGCCACCUCUCCGCUCUUUCUGCAGUGCAUUCCCCUUCUGACUCAUCCAUACCCAUCUGAAUCCUACUUUGCCUCCUUUCUUUUCUUCCUCUUGCAUGGUUUGUGCAUAUAGUGGUGGAACCUGAGGAUGGAGCUGCUCAGCCUAUCUCGAGGGGUGUUGCUGAGCCUCAGGAUAGGACGUAACAGGGAUAAACCCAGGUGUGAGGGGAGGAGAGCAGGCUGGAAACAGAAGGGGGAAUAGAAUACCCAUGCCCUUUAUUCCUUCUGUCCUUCAGUCCGUAAGCAGAAAGAGGCUGAGACCACGCUGGGCUGGGUCUGGAUACCCGCUUUCCAUGCAGCAGCAUUUCAUUGUGCAAAACCAUCCUUCCUUUCUUCCCCUUGCCUCUGUUUCCCAUAUUCCCUUCGUCCUGACUUAGGGCAGGACUGAAGAGCUGGAAGAAAGCAGUCAGUGUACCCUCCCAACGGUCCCCCUCGAAGGUCUCCACUCUCCUCUGGGCUCCUCCUUGCCUAAUGCAGGGGGUCACUGCUGGAGAAGAACCACCACUGUCCUCGAUGUGUCCCAAGCCUGAAGCAAAUCUGCCUUCUUGGCCCACCCAGCCCUAUCACGGUAGUUAUUUCCUGGGUUUCUCUCCCUCUGAGGCUCAUCAGAUGUAGUUGGCUUUGUUAUUUUGGGGGUGUUAGCCCUUCUACUUCCUUUCUCACCGUACCCUGUACCCUCUUCUGUGUCUCUGCUAUCCCUCUUCCCUCCCACCACCCAUGUGCAUGAGCAGAUAUGCAGCUAAACCCCUGGACUUCACAGUCAAACGAAGCCGAGCUUCCCACGUCCCCUUGUUCGGUUUGCCAUGAGAUGAUGUGGGGAUCCCACUGUGUGUCUGCCAUCACCUCUUUGUCUUUUUUCCUAACCCCAAUCUCAUACUUGUACAGAGUAGUAACAGUUGUGCUUCCACCAAAGGCAUGUGGCAUAUUUACCAAUUUCAUGUAUUCUGAACAAAGGCAAAAAAUACAAAUUCCUACCACUAAA